UAAAAAGUGAUUCCAAGAUUUGAUUAUAAUGACGAAUCUAUGGAUACGACUGAAGUACAUAAUGAAGGUGAGAAUGGUGAGAAUGGGCAACAGGAUGGAACACCAACAGUACUUGAUGAUGUACCAAUGGCCAAUUUGGCUUCAUUCGCUAUUUUUAAACUUUUCACUGAAUGGGAGAAUGAGGGUUAUGUUGUACCUGAGCUGCGUGUAGCUCAUUCUACACAACCAGGAUCUGGUACUGAGGGAGGCAGUGUUGAUGGAAGUCCACAAUCUAAGCCGCACAAGGCACAGCCAAUACGCUCUGAGUUGCCAAAUAAUUGGGAAUCGAUACAUCCAUCCACCUUGCUUUGCAUGAUGCGACCCGGACUACAAUAUCGCGAACUAGGUACAGUGGGUGAUUCCCCAAAUGUACUUCAACGUAUGGGUGUUACCGUAGAUGAUGUGCAGUACGAGAGUUCUGGACGUUCUAAGAAAAUUGCGCGUCGCAACGUUGCCGUAUCUGUGCUUGACGAGUUGUUUGGCACAAACUUCGUUAUGGAGCAACAAUGCCAAGACUAAUGAGCAAAAAACUUCACAUGUGCUUAGUAUUUUAGAACUUAAUCUUCAAAUUCUGUAGAAAAUAAGCGAACCUUGUCGCAUUCAAGAAUUUUACCAAUAAAGGACA